AUGCGUCUAUUCGAUUCUUCUGUGCUAGGUUUGGCGCAUGUUCCUAUGGAGACGAGGCUCAGCCAGGAUACCGUUGAUCACCCGGCGCCAAUCGUGAGAUCACCCCAUUGCGAUCCCACAGACCCAAAUCAGGUCUGCGAAAGAUGGCUGGUAUCACCGGAUUGCGAAUUGCCGCCCAACAGCAAUACCCCGAUUCGCCCGGCAUCAAGAAAGAUCCUUGAAUCAUCCAUUUUGUGGAGAUUGCGCGUGGGAUUUUGCCCAAGCUUGGAUGCAGUACAUCCUUCGAGCGACAAUUGA